AUGGGACUGAUCCAAUUCAUUAUUCUUCCAGGCAUCUUAGUGCUAGCCUCCUUUUUUGAUAACACACAAGUCCUGGUACUUGACAAAGAUCUAUUUGAAGAAAAGGUCUUAAAAUCUACUGAUAUAUGGUUCAUCAACUUUAUAUCCUCAAACGAUCUCAGAUGUGAAAGAUUGCUGCCCAAAUGAAAUAAAGCUGUCGAGGAAUAUAAAGGAAAGGUAAAAUUUGGAGUCUAUGAUAUGACGAAGGAUGCAGCGAGCGCCUUUAAUCUGAAAAUUCUUUGUUAGUCGACAUUCCCUAGAAGGAACUUUUCCCCAUAAAGCAUUUGAUCGAAAUUUAUCGAUUUUUACAAAGCAAAUUUCUCACUAUCAAAACUUUCAAACAACUUCCCUAAGAAUACUCACACUGUCAAAAUUUUCCGGUAAUUAUAUGUAGCCCGAAGGAUGAAAGUAUCGGCUCUCGCUAUGAGAUAACUUUCUAUCCUACAUGCACUACUACAUUAAUUAAAGGGUUAUCGUUUAACGUCCAAUAUCAUCUCGGUUUCACCUCAGAAUGGCUUUAGACUUUGGGCAUUCAGAUUUUGACGGCUGUCCUUCCAGCUCUCGAACCUCGACAUGGGUGCCUGCAAAAAAAAAUUUCCAAAAAUAGAAAUUCUGGACUGUCAGCAAAAAGAUUCAACUUGCAGCCCACGGCGUUCCUUUUUCACGUUAAAGAGCUGUCCGAUGGCCAUAAGGCAUUGCUGGGCUACUCCUUUCCAGCUCCAAGCUUUUCCUAUCCCAAAAAAUAUAAUUCAAUUCUGAAAAGGGAUUUGGGCUAGACUCCAAACGCUUCCGGAAUUGUUUACAUCACAUUGCUGUCCAUUUAUGGUUUGGCAAAACCUUGCCGGAUAUAAUUAAAUAUCUGUUAGAGGCUGCAUGGCUGGAAGGUCAUGCCCUGGUCGAGAAGCCAUAUUUAAUUAUAACUUUUUAUCCCACAAUUAAGUUUUUUGGCGCUGACAAAUCUCAACUACCUCAAAAAUUUAUACCCGGAAAAAGCUUUGAUGACAAUUUAAAAGAGGCUUAUAAUUACUUUACAAUAAGCCAAACUUCUGGGAAUGAAAAGAAAGAUGAAAAUGCUCGACAAAUAGAAUCUAAAUCUUCCUAUAAUCGGCCUAGGCAAGGAAAUUACCCAAAUCUUGAAAAUGGUGUUUGGGCUUAUGAUGACUGGCAAUUUGAGGAGAAAUUAUUAAAAGAUGAUAAGAUAUAGAAAAUUUCCCAUAGAUGGCGAUGUUUGCCCUUGAUUUGCCGAUGAGAAAAUUUUUUGGUUUGACCAAACUAUAUGGGACUGGUCAAACCAAAAAAUUUCCCCAGUGGGCAAAUCAAGGGCAAACAGCGCCGUCUAUGGGAAAUUUCUAUAUGGCUUGUUUGCUUUUACAAAUCUAAUGGAGAAAUUUCGCUAAAAUUAGUUCAAAACUUGCCAAAAAUCGCGCUGUAUUUUACAGGUCAAAUUAACGUGGCGACAAUUGAUGUGCUGGCAAACCCAAAAUCAGCAGAAAAAUAUGGUAUUAAUAAAUUUCCCUCUUUAGAAUUACUACCAAAAGAGGAAAAAUCGGCCAGUUAUCAUGUGGAGUCAUUAAUUUCGUGAGAGAUCAUUUCAAUUGUUGAAAAGACAUAUGAAGAAUGACAAAUUCAGCCAAAAAUUCCUCAUUCCCCUCCCUCCGUGAGUGAACAAAAAAAUCUUGUUAGCUCACGGAGGGGGGUUAAUUUUUUAUUUUUAAAAAAAUUUAUAUAUAAAUUUUAUAAACAAUAUUUUUUUUCGAAAUUUAAAAAAAUCCUAAUUCGCAAAAAUUGGAAAGCAAAUAUUAAUUUAAUUUAUAAAAUUUAUGUUUUUAAAAAGCAAUUCGUUUAAAAUUAAACAGAAUUAGCUCUAGAUUUCAUUAUACUAGUUAUCACUUAUAUAUAAAAUUUUUUUUCCUUACAAAAUUUUUCUAUUAAAAAAAUUUUUGUUCACUCACGGAGGGUGGGUUUUUGGGCAAAAAAUAGCGAUUUUUCUAAUGGUUUUGUUCACUCACGGAGGGGGGGAGUCAGUUAACUAGCAAUUUUCAAUUACAAGAUUUAUGUGGGAAAUCUCUUUGUAUGAUUUCAUUUGUUCCUACGCUAUCCAAUAGCAAUAAAGAAAACCGUAUUGCCUUGCUAGACUUUCCAUCUCCUAAAAGCUUUUCACUGUCGCAACACCGAGUCAUGGGUGUCCUGCCAAGGAUCUAGACAAAGCGACUGAGCAGCAGAAUCAAUGGCAGCAAGCAAUGAUCAAGUCGAAAACCUAUUUAUUCUUAUGGUGCGAGCCGUACGAAAACAACUGGAAAAGAGGACUCUGGGAAUUUGGAGAACAGGAACUGUACAACAAGUCCUGAAGUAGCUGGAGAUGUCGUCUAACAUCCUCAAGUGAGCUUGAUAGUUCUUAUCAUAAAUUUGAAUAUUAAGCAUAAGCCUUGCUAGACUUUCUUCAUGAAUUAUCUAUACCACCAAAGCCAAAAGAUGUGAAAUUCUUAUGGACAGAAGAAGGUACAUAUAAAGAGCUAGAAAAUUUAUUUGGAAUACAAUCAUAUCCUUCAUUAGUUUGCAUCAGCCCAAAAAAAUCAUUAUUUGCAAAAAUGAAAUCUUCAUUUAGCGAAUCCAAAACUAGGGAGUUUUACAGCAGCGUCUUAAGAGGAGGAGUCCCUGUUAUUUCAUACAGCUCUUUGCCUGAAAUACCUACAACAAAUCAAUGGCAUAAUGAGUUUUCAGUAAGAUGGGAAGGAAAAUGUGAUUAA